UUUUUUUAAGGAGAGAAAAAAGCCAGAAAAAGACGGCGUCAGUAUACAGUUCUCAGUUCCAAAUAAUAUUUAAAAGCGAUCGGACGCAACUUAAGCAUAACCUAAACAUUUGCAAACAUCUGGAGGGGAAAUCUGGCCAUGAAGUUGUUGCUAUUCUGGUGCGCAUUUAGCGUGCUCGCCACUGCCGGAUGUGGAGGAGCGGUCCAAGAAACCAUCGACAUUAUUCGGGUGAUCCAGGAGGUGACGGAGGCCAUCCUCAAGUCGUGGGAACUGAUUGACAAGCUACCUGCGGUAGCGGAAGUCACAGCGGGGGCGCUGAUCUACGCCAAUCAGCGCCGGAUGAUAGAGAAAAUAGAGGCUGUGAACGGGAAUAUCCGGGAUCUGGAGGAGCAGCAGGCCAGGAACACGGCCCUGACCAUCGAGACGCUGCUAAGGGAGAUGCAGGAUAGGUCCCAGCUGCUUCACCGACUUAACCAGCUGAAGGACCUCAGCAAGUUCAUUGAUCUCCGCUACGAGCAACUGAAGGGCUACGAGCAGCACAAGGACUCGCUUGAGCCGACCACACUGGUGAAAUUCGCCAAGUGGAACGUGGAUCCUGGAUCCAAUUCGCUGUCCUGGCUGCUGCAACUGCUCCACGACUCUCUCUACUCGGGUGACUCCAUGGCUCCCGAACAGACCCGCACGCACUCCCUGCUCUGGGAGCUAAGUGUCAGCUUUGAGACCUCUCCGGAGCAGAUGUGCCUGGCCAGGCAGUCCGCCCAGCAGUUCGCCUUUCAGCUCUUCACCAAGGCAGCUUUGACGGAGCUAAAGGGCUACAGCAUGAUGGAGUUCUCAUGGAUGGUGCUGCGCCAGCAUGGGCGGGGCAACUUCACCGAGGAGCUGCUGCUGAUGCGAGAGAGCCACCAGAAACGCAUCCAGCAUGCCCAGCAGGUGCUCCAGAAAGUGUUGUCCAAAAGCAGCCGACUGUACUGGCGCUGCGAUCCCCGAAAAGAUGGCCAUGUGGAGGGCAAAACCUAUGACCGUGUCACACGCCUCCUGCAGGGCUUCGUGGAGAACGAGAUCAACCUGAACCAGGAGCAAAACUGCUGGAGCAAGUGCGGGGACUACCACGACAGCCGCUCGUUUGGUUGCUAUCAGCCGGAGGAGGAGCUCUGUGGCCAGCAGCCCGCCUGCAAGGGCAGGCUCUACAACUGCAACUUCGUCGAGUCGGAAAUGUCGAUUUGCCUGUCACCCAACAACUCCUCAAGGCGCUACGAGCACAUAGCAUUCAAUGAUGAGCCCGGAAAGGAGUGCCAUUCCAAGGUGAAGCAGGCCUCCUCCUGGUCCCGCUGGCUUAUCAUGCGCUGCCACUACUGCUUCUGCCUGUGCGAUGAGCCAGGACCCCUGUCCGAUCGCUACUUCAACCUGCGCGACUCCCUGUCGCAGUUCGAGCAGAACAUGGUCGUGACUGGCGUGCGGUUUGUGAAGGUCAACCGCGUCUUCCACCUGCAACUGCAGCAGGGCGAGCUCCUGCCCCGCGGAUCCAUCAAUAUUAGCUCUCUGCAAUGGCAGCCCGUACAAGCGUACAACUUGAGUGACGUGGACAUUCGCGAUGGCUACGACUUCCACACCCUGAGCGUGGACAGCCGGGCAAUUGAUCUGGACGAGAUUUCGGCCAACUCAACGGACCAAGUGGUGACCGGAGUGCGUUUCCGGAUCUUCAACAAACACCUGAACCUGGAGGUGCGCUUCAGUUACUUCAAUUUCUCCACCGGUGGUUUGAUUGAGCCGCAAACCAAGAGCUAUUGGCUGGGCGACAAUAAGUCCCACAUGGAGGGGGACCGCAAGAAACUGAUUUUAAAGGAGAGCGAUCUGCCCACCGCUUCGGACUUGCCCUCGCUUCCGCUCUCCAGUGAUGACCAGUUCAUGGAGUUUGUCAGCUCCAGUCAGCAGAAGGAUGCCUCCCAGAACACUUUGCCAUUUGUGGAUGUGCAGGAGGUGGUGCCGCAUCCGCCAGUUCCGCUCGCCGGAUUAGGAAUCUACCACAAGGGACGACCUGGCUACGGAGGCUUCUUUGCCCCCAAGGUGCUUACAUUUGAUUUGACCAAGAUCGUUGAGGACGCACUUACCCAAAAAUAGUGGGAAAGGGAUAACUUGGCGAGUGUUUUUUACUAUAACCAAUAUGUGUGCCAAAAAAGAAUACAUAGAAUUAGAUAUUUAACGUUGCUAAAAAAGAAACGAGAAGAAAAGCAGGUAUAAUUUAAAACAUAUGCCAGAAGAAAAGAAUAUGUAUUUUUAAAGGACACUUUCUUAGUUCCUGAUUAUUUUCUAUCGUACAUUUACAUAUAUUCAAAUCAUAAAAAAAGGAAUGAGCUUGCAAACUGAAAAUUUUAUUUAAUCGGGAAGAAAUUAGAGCUGUAAACUUUUCACACAAUUAAACACAUUGCUUAUUUGUUCUUAUUAUUCUUUUUACAUUCUGUUAAGAAAUACAAACCGAUUAAAUACAAUACACAAAAACUGUCUCCAAUACUUUCAAUUAUGUAAACAAUAAUCCGAUUAGGAGACGAAUACUUAUGUUUGUACAAAUGGAAUCGAAAGACCAGUCCGAUCUGUAAAAUGUUUAACAAGGUUUUGAGAACUGAACUGUGAACAUAAUCCAAAAAUAUACGUUCCUAAUUGGCUACCGUCUUUAAGUUUCAUAUAAAUAUCUACCAAAUUUAUGUAUAUCCUAAACAUAUUAAGUAUUUGAAUAUAUAAUAAAUAAA